AUGGGCAAACUUGGAUGUCUUAGAUGUAACCCAGAUCGGUACCCGGAUCCCAAAGAAGCGACGAAGUACUACCGCGGAGAAGUGUUCGAGAUCCAGGAGUCUGUGUUCACCCCUAUCGAGGAGAUCUUUGCCAAAGACUCGCGCCUGACCGGCGACGCCCUCCGUCGCUCCCGUCGCUCGCUGCGCAGCAUCCGUACUAAGGAGCACGCCACUCACAAGCGUCGCCCCGGCAUUCUCAUGGAAUACGUGGUUGAGAACGCAGAGAUUGGGGUGUCUAACGUCUGGAUAUGCAUCAUGGCUACGUUCGAGGGGACGCCGAUCGAAGACCUUCCCUGGAUUUUCCGACACUUCUGCAUGCAAGUAUACACAAAAAAUGCGGCCGUAGUGGAGGACGUCCACUUCCACUCUCUCCCCGAUUGGUAUGUGCGCAAAGCUACUACGCAGUGGAUCAUCAUGUGGCCGUUCAAAACGACGCGCGGAUUGGGCGCGCGAUGGAAAGAAACCGGGGGUGCGAGCUGGGAGCAACGCGCGACGAUGGUUUUCGGUGAAAACAACGUAGACAAUCUCGAUAAAUCCUGCGACGAGAGAUACCUCGAGUGGAAAAAGCUCUGUGCGUUGCGACCCGGAUUUGCCGCAGAGAAGGAGCAGGAGUACAGGGAUUACCGGAAAACAUGGAGGGAGUCAACAGCGGGUUCGCGGACAGCAUCUCUUGGAUCGCAGGAGUCGACGGCUGUCUCCAAGCAGCCACUGGGUUAUGAUGCUCAGAGCAUCAUUUCCCAGAUCAUCUACGAGGAUCAGGUCAGCGUCUUCAAUGAGAAGGCACAAUACGCUAUAUACGAGCCUGAGACUCGCGGUCCCGAGAGCGUGCGCUCCAAGCGCCCUAGGCGCCGCUCAAGAGGGCCAAAUCGGACAUCCAACACCUGCUCUCUGGCAAGCGUCAAUGAUGGAGCAUCCGUGUGCGGCAUGGGCCUCAAGCAACGAAGCCCGACGCGUGAGGCGUUCAACAACCUCGCGAAGCGACUCGCCGUCGUCGCGCCCUGGGGAACCGCGUAA